AUGUCUUCAAUGGCAUCACCAACUCUUCCAGCAAAUCUUGGUCUCUUGAUUUCUAAUCUCUCUUCUUUCGUCAAUGUAAAGCUUGAUUCAACGAAUUUCAUAAUCUGGAAAACACAGCUACAGAAUAUACUCAGAGCAACUGAUCUUCUUGAUAUUCUUGAUGGAUCAUCUUCAUGUCCUUCUCCUUUUGUUCGUGAUUCAACUGGAAAAGAAAUACCUAAUCCUGAGUUUUCUAAAUGGAAGAUGAUUGAUAAUCAUCUUCUCAGCUGUGUCACUGCUACUCUUUCACAGUCUAUUUCCACUUCUGUUCUUCAUCUCAAAACAAGCUCUGAGAUUCAUGUUGAUUUUGUUGAAUUUGUUCUUAAGAAAUUUGUGUAUGUGUGUAUAUGGGCUGAGGAUUGGGACUAUAACAAAAUUGUUAUUUGCAACAGACUUGUUGAGUUCAGGUGUCAAAUAGCAGUCCAUCAAGAGUGCUAUGGAGCAAACAAUAUUCAGGAUUUUACAUCAUGGGUUUGCAGAGCAUGCAAAACUCCUAAUGUUGAGAGGGAGUGUUGUCUCUGCCCUGUUAAAGGGGGAGCUUUGAAGCCAACUGAUGUUGACUCGCUGUGGGUCCAUGUCACAUGUGCUUGGUUCCGGCCUGAAGUUGCUUUUGUAUAUGUUGAGAAGAUGGAGCCUGCAGUUGGACUUCUUAGAAUUCCAUCACAUUCUUUUGUAAAGGUGCAGCCAUGUGUUAUUUGCAAGCAGACUCAUGGUUCUUGCACUCAGUGUUACAAGUGUGCCACUUCUUUUCAUUCAAUGUGUGCAUUGAGAGCAGGAUAUCGCAUGGAAGUAAGUUUGCCAUGUUUCUUUUUCUAUUAUGAACAAAUAAUUUUGAGAAACUACACUAUUUUUAUAGGCUACUUAAGCUAAUGAAAUUAUUAUUUGGAGUUCAGAAUGGUUUACAA